CCCCGCCCCGUGUGUCAGAGAAGGAAGGGAUUUCCCGGCGCAUUCGGAUGACGCAGAUCGCCUGCGCAGCUGCACGUGGAUUGUUCAGAGUAAGGAAGGAAGACUGGGAAGCCUGUCACAGAGAAGACUGGGUUUUUAACUUCACUGGAUCUAAGCUGUAUUUUAGGCAAUGGGCAAGAACAAGGCGAAAGGUCAGAAGCAGAUGAAUGUAUUCCAUGUGGCCAACAGAAAAAUAACAAAAGUUAAAAGUAAAACAAAGCCAGUGACAACCAGUUUGAAAAAGAUCAAUAUUGUGAAUGAUGAGAAGGUUAAUACAGUGAACAAAGUAUUCGCAGAAGUUCAGAAAGAAGUUAAACAACUGUCAAAGGCUAUUGCAUCAGACUCCUCAAAGCGAACUCAGGUUCCAAAGGCCAUAGAAGGUGAACCAGCCAACGUGGAGGCUGCUGCUAAUUUAUUGUCUCAGUUGUAGUGCAAAUGGAUGUGUUUGCAUCAAGCUUCCAUUUCUGGUAUAAAGUGGAAAAGAUAGACUAUACCAGCUGCAAAUUAAUUUAGGUGAUUGUAAGAUUGUGAGGAAAAAUGGGAAUAUCCAUGGUGGAAUUGGGAAUCUACACAGCGCAUGAUCUGGUAAUCAUCAAGCAAGAGAUAUUCCACAAAUUCUUGAACACCAAAAACAUUUCUAUUGGCCACAGAGGGAAAGAAGAAGAGACAUCCAUGGCUUCAUCAAACCCAGAAGCAAAUGAAAGACCCUUACUCCAUGCCACUGGCCUUGGAGGGAGAGAGGAAGCAGACAGAAGCUACUCCCUACUACCAUUCCCUUCCGCUUGUGUGUCCUGAUUUAUUCAGACUGGAAGCCUAAAAGCAAGAAACUGUCGAAUUAACAAUUUGUACACCACUCCGAAGGCUUUGUAGCUGAAGAGUAGAAUAUAAAUAUUCUAAAAAUAGAAAUGGGGCUAGAUGUAUACAAGAAAAAUAAUUGUCCAUCCUAAACAUGUGAACUAGAAUUGAGAGAUGUUUAACAGAGAAAUAAUAACAGGUGUAUUUCUAAAGCAGCCUUCCCCAACUUGGCAAGCCCCAGAACUAUACUUCCUAUUAUCUUAAUGCAAUAUAGCAAUAUAGAAUUUUUUAAAACUGCAAUUUAAAGUGUAUAACUCCCCCUCUCCAAUAUGCAUGAUAUGAUUUAAUAUCUGUUUGUUUUAUGGAGGCAUUGAAUGUUUGCUGUUGUAUGUUGGAAUCUGCCCUGCUUGGGGAGAUAGAUCGGAAUACAAAUAAAAUUUUAUUAUUAUUUUUAUUAUUA